AUGAGUGCAAUACUAUCAGCAGAUGAUUUAAAUGAUUUUAUAUCACCUGGAGUAGCAUGUAUUAAACCAUUACAAGAUUUACCUCAACCAACGGACCAAUCAAAUAAUGAAAAUGGUGAAGUUGAAAUACAAAUUGAUUCAAAGGGUAAUCCAUUAGAGAUAUCAAAAAUUGAUGGAAAACAAAAUAAUUUAUCACCUGCUCAAAUAUCUUUAGCUGAUUGUUUAGCGUGUUCAGGAUGUAUCACAUCAGCUGAAGAAGUGUUGGUGGCACAACAUUCACAUCAAGAGUUAAUUAAAGCUUUAAAAUCAGAUAAAAAUAAAGUCUUUGUCGCAAGUAUAUCACAACAACUGAGGGCUUCUUUAGCUACAGCAUAUAGUUUAUCAGUGGAGGAAAUAGACAAAUUACUAAUUAAUUUGUUUGUAAAUCAAAUGGGAUUCAAAUAUGUAGUUGGGACUUCAUUAGGUCGAAAAUUAUCAUUAAUCAAUGAAUCGAAAAAUAUAAUUCAAAAAAAGGAGCAGGGGUUGAAAAAUCCUAUUCUAUCUUCAAUAUGUCCAGGUUGGGUGUUAUAUGCAGAAAAGACUCAUCCAUACGUACUACCAAUGAUAUCCACAGUAAAGUCAUCACAACAAAUCACUGGAUGCCUACUAAAGGCAUUAGCUGCUUAUGAUUGUGGAGUCUCGAAAUCUGAAAUAUAUCAUUUAUCAAUAAUGCCAUGUUUUGAUAAAAAGCUAGAAAGCGCAAGACCUGAAAUAUUUGGUGAUACCGCACCUGAUGUCGAUUGCGUUUUAACUGCAAAAGAAUUAAUAACAUUGUUAGAUGAGGAACCUAAUUACAAACUAAUACCUAAAAUAACUCCACCUAUAAUGAACCAAAAUAUUGAUGAUGUUUAUAAAUCUGUUGCUCCCCAAAGUUGGCCAUUUGUAUCAUACUCCUGGUCAAACGAUCCAGGUUCAUCCUCUGGAGGGUAUGCAUUUAAUUAUCUAAGGAUAUUCCAAGACGACUUAAUGAUGAAGGGUUACGAUGAAUCAAAUUUCACGAUGAAAAUAGUUCAAGGUAAAAAUUCAGAUAUAUAUGAAAUGAGAUUAAUGUAUAAGAAUGAAAAAUUAGCUAGUGCAGCUAUAGUUAAUGGAUUUAGAAAUAUUCAAAACCUAGUAAGGAAAUUAAAACCAAAUAACAAAACAACUACAACAAAAGUUAACCCAUUAGUAGCUAGGCGAAGAGCUCGAAUGACUACUUCAACAACAACAUCUACGCAAAAACCGGAAGAAUUAGCAGAUGCUUCAAAAGUAGAUUAUGUUGAAAUAAUGGCUUGUCCAAGUGGAUGUAUCAAUGGCGGAGGACAAAUUGCACCACCAAAAGGAGAAUCAGAAAAAGAUUGGAUAAAUGAACUGUUAAUUAAAUAUAAUUCAGUUCCAAUGUUUGAUUUAUCAUUACAUCCUCAAGAUAUAGAAAAAUUCAUUGAAUGGAGUAAUGAAUUUGAAAAAGAAUUUCAUAUUUCUGACGACAGAUUAUUUAAAACUUAUUUUAAUGAAGUGGAGAAACCGACUGAUCCUACUGCUAUAAUGGUAGGUUCUAAAUGGUAA